AGACAGCGCGCGCGGCCGCGGCGCGAUGCGCUGACGCCAUGCGCCGCCAGACAUGUCACGUCGCGCCGCGCCCGCGGCACUGCUGCUGCUCACACUCGUACUCGUCGGGUGCGCCGGGAACCCGGACGCCAAGCGGCUGUACGACGACCUGCUCAGCAACUACAACAAGCUGGUGCGGCCGGUGCUCAACGUCAGCGACGCGCUCACUGUCCGCAUCAAGCUCAAGUUGAGUCAGCUCAUCGACGUGAAUCUGAAGAAUCAGAUAAUGACGACAAAUCUUUGGGUAGAACAGAGUUGGUAUGACUACAAGCUGUCAUGGGAGCCCCGAGAGUAUGGAGGUGUUGAAAUGCUACACGUGCCCUCCGACCACAUCUGGCGGCCGGACAUUGUACUAUAUAACAAUGCGGACGGCAACUUCGAGGUGACGCUGGCCACCAAGGCGACCCUCAACUACACGGGCCGCGUGGAGUGGCGCCCGCCCGCCAUCUACAAGUCCUCGUGCGAGAUCGACGUCGAGUAUUUCCCUUUUGACCAGCAAACUUGCGUCAUGAAAUUUGGCUCUUGGACCUAUGACGGAUUUCAAGUGGACCUGCGACAUAUCGACGAGGCGCGGGGCACCAACGUGGUGGAGCUGGGCGUGGACCUCUCCGAGUUCUACACGUCCGUCGAGUGGGACAUACUCGAGGUGCCCGCCGUCAGGAAUGAAAAGUUUUACACUUGCUGCGACGAGCCAUACUUGGACAUAACGUUCAAUAUCACGAUGCGGCGGAAGACCCUGUUCUACACGGUGAACCUGAUCAUCCCCUGCAUGGGCAUCUCAUUCCUGACCGUGUUGGUAUUCUACUUGCCGUCCGACAGCGGCGAAAAAGUGUCACUCUCCAUAUCCAUCCUCCUCUCGCUCACUGUGUUCUUCCUGCUGCUAGCGGAGAUCAUUCCGCCCACAUCCCUGGUCGUACCGCUGCUCGGCAAGUUCGUGCUCUUCACCAUGAUACUCGAUACUUUCAGGUAG